AUGGCCAGGCAACAAACCCAUCCUCCUCCCAGGCGUGGAGCUCAACAGGAUGGUGGACAAGGUACUGAGAAUCCUGAGAUUGCCCCAUUCUUCAUCGAUCCUAGGUAUAGGAAGAUGACCUGCUACAAUUGUGGAGAGCCCGGUCACUUUGUGGGGAAUUGCACAAAACCUAAGAUCUGCUUUAUCUGUGGAAUUGCUGGUCAUCAUAUGAAUGCAUGUCCAGCUUGGAAGAGACACCAUCCUAUUGCUGCUUAUGUGGGGAGCUCUAGUUUGGGUCUUGGCUUCUAUCAUCUAGAGGUUCCUGAUGUUGAGUCUACUCAGUGGCUUAAUUUGACAAAUUGUGGAGUGGUCCGAGUUAAGGCUGGUGAGAUUAGUCUAGCUGAGCUUGAGCUUGAGCUUGAGCUGUCUAAAAUCUACUGCAAAGAAUGGCCAUGGCAGAUUAGGGAGUUGGAGAAAGGAAACUUUCUAGUGAGAUUCCCACCUCACAAAAGAGUUGCAGACAUCAAGAAUUAUCCAUCAUUUAACCUCAGGAAGGAUGGUGUCCAAGUAGAGGUGCUGGAGUGGCUUGGGGAUAUGAAGCCUUAUGGGGAGCUACAAGAAGUGUGGGUACUGAUGAAUGUGAAGGUGGCUGUGAGAGACUACUCCAAGAUCCCGAAGGAGAGAUUAUUUGAAUUUAGUAAGAAGCCGCACAUUGUAGGGUUUACUGUGGAAAUGGAACAGAAUGAGGGGAAAGGGUCUAGAAAUGAUGGGGGCAAUGAUGAUCGUAAUGAUGGAGGGGAUGAUGGAAAGGGGGGUAUGGAUGAGGAAGCUGAUGACUUAUAUGAUACAAAUACUGAAAAGGGGCUCAAUCCUGACAACCCAACCAACAGCAACCCCAACCAGAAGACCUCAUCACAGAAGUCAAGCAGUAGUAAGGGGAGUAGGACAGUCAGUGGGGAUGUGGCAAUGGAUCAGGAUCAACAGUUGAAGGCGCUGAUGGAGAGUAACAAUCCUAAGCUAUUAACAGCCGGGAUGGAGAUGGUUGCAGGUGGACAGAAAGACAUUGAUGUCUUGCUGAACCCUGAUGUAUCAACCAGGAAGGAUAAUAGCAGCUGGCAGGAGCCUGAGCUCUAUUCCCCACAUAGAAGCUGUGGUAAGACGACUGAGAUUGGUUCUGGUGGUGAAACUGCUGAGAAAGAGAAGUUAGCACAGAGAGAUUUAGCAACUAAGGAGUGUUCCAAGCUGUUGAAAAGGAUGGAACUGGAGGCUUCAGAAGAUGAGGAAGAGAUAGUGGCUAAAGAAGAAGAAGAGGUGUUCUCUCUGGAAGAAUCUGGGAUCCUACCUAAGCACAUAGAAGAGCUGGAAGACAAAUGCAGUGGCAAAGGGGGUGCCAAGAAGAACCAGAAGAGGAAGACUGGCUGGGGGACUAUCUUAAGGGCUCCUCAACCAAGGAGGGUCCCUGAGGAUGGAAGAACUGUGGUGGAAAAAGCCCAGGAUCUCAAGAAAGCUAAAAAUCUGGAAAAAGGUUGUCAGGAGCAGAAAAAACAGAAUGUUUUCAGAUUUGAAAAGUGGUGGCUGGAACAACCUGAUUUUAAGGAGCUGGUUGUGAAAAUCUGGAAUACACCAUGUGCUUUCACAGAUCCUUUAGACAUCUGGCAAUUUAAGGUCAGAUUGUUUAGGAAGAAAGUUAAAGGGUGGGCUCUAAAUGUUAAUGGGGAGAUUAGGAAGAUGAAACAAGAGCUCCUUAAGGAGUUUGAGAUGCUAGAUGUGAAGCUAGAAAAAGAGGGUUACAGCCAGAGGAGAAAGUCAGGAUGA